GCAUGCGUUCGAUAGAUAUGAACAGCAAAGGCUUGCUUGUUUCGUCACUGCUGAUUUCAAUAAUUUUCGAAAUGUCCGCGGCUAGCAAUCGUAUUUCUUCAAAGGGAAAUAACAAUGGCAUCAUAUCGACCGAGGAGGUUAAAAUGGGACUGAAGGAGAAGCUGGCUAGGGAGAGUGGAAAAACUCAAGGCGAACAAAAACAUCAGAUCGUGGAUUACUCACCGAAAAGAAGAGUUCCCCAGCUACGUCACCAUCUUGGGCAUGAUCCAUGCCGACAUGUACAUCAUUGUUGACACAUUCACCGCAAAAAAACCCCCUUAACUCUAUGUCGUAGAUAUUUGUUUGCAGAUUUUCCAACCGAUAUGUAAGGUGAAGAUUGCAAUUUUUUGAGUUUAGCAGUGUCUGCCUCCAACUUCGUGAUCAAACUAUAUGCGAAUAUGCAGUCCAUAGCAUCAGCCAACAAAAUAAAAAUCUUGACUAAAUGGAAACGCAAGCACAAGAGAAGCUCGAUUUAUUACAUGCUCCACAAACUUGAACACCGCGAUACAAGCAUCCGUAUUUCAUAGCAG